UACCGGCUCUGUAGGCAUGUUUCCUGCACCGGCCUAUUUCUUGUAUGAACCCUUAACAUACUAACCGACAAGUUCACUUAUUUGCCUGAAACCUAGAACUCUAUGACAAGUAUCUUUUAACAAUAGCAUUUCAUAUACUUUAAGCUAUUAUACUGCUGAACGUCAUGCAGGUCGGUGAAUAUGAUACGUUUCAGAAAAACCUGGUAGCAGUGUCGAAAAAGGUGUCAGAUAUAUCUUUACUGCUAGGUUCUAUGGAAGGCCGUUUGAAAACUUUGCAGCAAACGACAUCUAAAGUACAUGGUGAUAUCACGAAUUAUAAUCGUAUUUCCAAAAAUGUUAAUACUGCCCUAAAAAGAUUGGAAACGAUUCGUGAAGUUUAUCUUCAGUUUUCUGCUUUAGAAGAUCAAGUCAAGCGAUGCGAGCAAACAGAUUCGGAACCUAUGGAACAACUGGACGGGGUGAUGGAAACACUAAGACAAAUAUGUGAAUUGAAGAUUCACCUUGAGAAUGACAAUCUCUCUUAUCUUAGCUCUGCCAUUGAUCGCAUAAAUGAGUUACUGAAGAGUGGCAUUCAAACUUUACAGUCCCUAUGCAUUACGCAACUUAGCAGCUUCAAUCAUAUGAAUCAGGAUCCAAUCGAUGUUCUCGAUUGGAAGUAUCAAUGGGCCUUUCCAACUGUUGAAUUGAAAGCUUUUGUUUCACUGAUACACUCCUUCGAUAAAGACGUAUUGAUACCGUGUUCUUGCUCUUCUGAAAUUGAUACUCUUUACAUUUCAAGCAGAAGUGAAUACCUAAGUGGCAUCUUACAGGAAGUUGGAAAAAACGUCGAUGUAGCUCUGCUACGUAACCAAGCAUCACAAAACAUGAGUGACGAAAUUAGUAUUUACAGUGCUGCAUUAGUUCGCCUCUUACCGUUAGAGGCUAAUGAACUUAUCGAAAUAUAUGGGCUUGCUGAUGCGAAACAACUAUAUCCACUUAUCGUCAAUCGAGUUGUAGAUAUGGUUAACACGGUCUUCCAGCAAGUGUUUCAAAUAUACAACGAUCGUUAUGUUUAUGAUAAUUACAUCCUCUUUCCUAUGGUAGGAAACUUGAGUACAGUUAUAACUGUUCUCGCGAAAGACAUGCCGUUCGAAGAUGAGGCCCUUACUAUGUGCUUAGUUCGCAUAAAAAAGAAGAUUGAAAAACUUAUUUCAAGCAACAUCGUUACAUUCUACGAAUCAAUUUGUACGAACAAUACUUCCCUUAAGCUUUCGCUAGAUCGGAUUGAUGAAGAAACAGCUGGAGUCACUGAAUAUCUUUCAAUAUUGUGUAGCAGUGAACAUGCUUUUUACCUUUUCCAACGAAUUGGAAACUGGGGAUGGAGAAACGAACAGAAUAUUCCUUUAGAUUCACCAAAUCAUAUGGCUGAUGCGGCUGGCAUUGAAAUUGUUACCAAUUAUGUGAUGGAUUGCAUAGAAAACUACAUCGAGUCAGUACGAGUGUAUGCGAAGGCCACUACGCAACCACCGAGCUUUGCGUCGGCCCAAGUGCUUCUUGUAUUCUAUCACAUUGACCAUGCUUUACGGGCGCUAACUUUAAAUGAAACACUGUACGAGAAUUUGAUUACCCGACUUUCAGAUUGCAAACAACGUUUUACUUCUGCAUAUAUGGAUAUAUGGAAUAAGUGCUCACAAAAUUUGCUUGAUGCAACGUACACUAAGUCAUCGUCCAACAAGACUGGUAUGGCAGCUAAAGAUCGUGAGACUUUGAAGGAAAGAUUCAGAAAUUUCAAUGAACAGAUAACACAGGUUGUUGAAAUCCAUAAAGCUCAAGUUCGCUUUGACCCUGAAACGGCUCCUACUUUGUUACGGGAAGUUUUGAAGACUGUCGUUCCACUAUAUGAGCGUUUUUAUGACCGUUACGCUAACUCGGAUUUCACAAAGAAGAGAGAAAAAUACAUUAAAUUCGGAAAAACAGACCUUAAUACAUUUAUCACUUCGGCUUUCGAAGCAUCUUAAUGCAGCAACUGUCAUGAAUCAUUCCCGUUUAGUUAGCAUAUCUUCAUUAACCAAAACAUCAUCUAGUACAUCUGCAUUCAAUAAACCUUUUAAGCGAGUGUAUACUAAAUUUGUUAUUUCCAUUUCAAGCCCAGAUGCGUUUCCCAUUGUUAGUAGGUAAUUGUACAGGAAUAUUAAACUAGUAAGAAAGCUGG